AGCUGUUGCUAGGCGACAACCGCUGUUGGGAGGGCGAUACACAGGCGUUCUAACAGAUCGGGAAUUUUCCUCCCAAAGAAAACAAGGGCUGCUGGGCCUUAGCCAUGGAAAAGAAUGAUGCAAUCAACUUCAAGACUUUGGAGAAAGAGCUGCAGGCUGCACUUGCUGCUGACGAGAAGUAUAAAAGAGAGAAUGCUGCCAAGUUACGGGCCGUCGAACAAAGAGUGCCUUCCUACGAGGAGUUCAGAGGUAUUGUCCUUGCAUCACACCUGAAACCUCUGGAACAGAAGGACAAGGUGAGAGGAAAAAGAACUGUGCCGUGGAACUGUCACAGUACUAGGGAAAGGACUUUUCAGGAUGUGGCCACUGAAAUACCCCAGGAGAAAUCACCCUUCCAGCCUGCAACCUCUGCCGAGUUUUACCGUGAUUGGCGGCGACACUUAAGAAGUGGGCCAGAGCGCUACCAAGCCCUGCUUCAGCUUGGUGGUCCCGAGCUGGGCCACCUCUUCCAGAAUGAUGUGGGCUUUGGACUUCUCGGGGAGCUGCUGGUGGCACUGGCUGAGCAUGUGAAGCUAAGUGACCGGGCGGCAGUGCUAGGGAUUCUGCACAGCUUGGCCAGCACUGGACGGUUCACCUUGAACCUGAGCCUGCUGAGCCCUGCCGAGCGAGAGGGCUGCCAGCGCUUGUUUGAGAAGUUGCAGGCCAUGGGCACCACCGGGCCCACGCAGGGGGCGCUCAGCGUGGAGGAGCCAUCUGCUGGCCUACCGGGAGAGGAGGAGCUCCUACAGAGGCUGUUAGGGCUGUAUGGGGUCCACUGAUGGGACUGGCUGCCCUCAGCGUUCCCCCGGGGUCUCAGAAAGCGUUUUUAAAAAAGACUGGUUUCAUUUUACGUGUAUGAGUGUUUUGCCUACCUGUAUGUCUGUCCACCGUGUGCGUGCCCAGUGCCUGAGGAGGUCAGAGAGGGUGCAGUUACAGAUGGUUGUAAGCUGCCGUAUGAGUGCCAGAAUCAAACCAACCCCAGUCCUCGGGAAGAGAAACCAGUUCUCUUCACCACUGAGCCAUCUCACCAGCCCCCUAGGAACGCAUUUUGUGGUGGUUGUCUUGGGGUUUCAUAGAAGUAUUGAAAGAAGUGUUGGGAGAAACCCACACCCACUUCCCUUUUCAGGUAGUGGGCUUGCCCACUUCUCCAAGUCAUAAUCUUAUCUAUGUGGAUCCCCAGGAUACCAAGGACCCAAUCGGUUGAGGGUGUUUUGCUACCUACCUUUUGAGUUUGCUAUGUCCCUAUCCUUGAGAGGUGGGUGUGUUUUCAUCUAAAUUCUGGCCACACAGAGCUUC